UGUGUACUCACUGGCCUCUAAACCAAAACAAAAACAUUGUUUCGCAAGCAAAUGGAAUCUUUAUGACAAAAUGGAUGAGGAGGAACACCUGCACCGUUUUGGAACUCCCCUGGAACCCAUACAGAAGGAUGCCGUGCCCGCAAAGAAACCUCUGGCCAUCGAGGACCAAGUAGUCAAGGAUGAGAACGGAAAGCGGCGCUUCCAUGGUGCCUUCACUGGCGGCUUCAGUGCCGGCUUCUGGAACACGGUCGGUUCCCUGGAGGGAUGGACGCCCCAGACCUUCAAGAGCUCGCGGGCGGAGAAGGCCACGCCACGUGCCCAGCAGCGGCCGGAGGACUUCAUGGACCAGGAGGAUCUGGGGGAGUUCGGCAUUGCUCCGCAAGGAAUCCGGACUCGCGAUGAGUUUGCCAAGGAGGAUGAGCAGGAGAAGCGCUCCGGACAGAGGCGGCGAAAGCUGAUGCAGCCGGAGAUGAGCACGGGACCUAUUCCAGGGGUGCCAGUCCUGGAGAAGCUGUUGCGCCCGGUGCGCGACAAGAUUGCGGUGCGGGUAUUAAAGAGCAUGGGAUGGAAACCGGGCCAGGGCGUGGGACCACGUCAGACGAAAAAGGAGAAGCGCCAGGCCACCGCCCGAAACAAAAGGGAACAGUAUCUGCUGGAGCACUACGGUGCAGAGGGACUACCAGCCCAGAAGGAAAAUCACGCAGAUAAAGUCGACACAGAAGAUGAGGAUGAAGAAGAAGAUGAAGAGAUAACCUUUGCUCCUGACGACUACGAGCCCAUGUUCUUUACGCCGAAGGAAAAUCGCUUCGGCAUGAGCUACUCGGGCUUGAGUCGGGAUCCCAUCCUGUCAAAGUCCUCCUCCAGCUCUGGGACACCCAUGCAGCACAUCAAUCUCUUCGGCCAGCUGGAGAAACAGGCCAAGGGCAAGCAGCUGUCUAUUCGGGGACAGGCCUUUGGGGUUGGCGCCUUUGAGGAGGAAGACGAGGACAUCUAUGCCCGAGACGACCUGACGCGCUAUGACUUCUCACUGGCGGACAAAAAGACCAAGAAAAAGAAGCAACAGUUUGUUCAGCAGCAAAACGUCAUUGAGGGAUUCAGCGAAGACAAAUCGGGAGUGGCUCUGCAAGCUCCCUUCGCUAUAGAUCUUCCCAGGGACUUUACUCCCAGAAACUGGCUGCAACGCAAGAGCCGCUUUGCUCCUCUGGACAGAGCACGGGCAAGGGAACUAGAAGCUGCCACGGAGUACAAGCGCUCCGGGCUGGGCAGGCACGACCUGAAUCCCGACCAGCGGGCGCAGUUGCUGGGCGAGAAGAAGAAAGAGAAAAGCGGGGAGAAAGUGGAGUCUCCCAAGCGUAAUCCCUUCAAGGAUCCCGGCAAGUCGCUGCUGGAAAGGAUCAAUGCGAGGACGGAAGGCUUCACCAAAGGUGGGGUCAUCACAGAAAGUGGAGAAGAGCUGGAAACAGCAGUCUCCAAGGAGGUGAAGACAAGCAAUGCGGCAAUUCAAGAGAAAGCUGCAGCGAAGACUGCGGAAUUGGGUGAGUAUAAGACUAGUCUUUCCAAUUCUCUUCCUAAUCCUACUUGUUUCCUUUCAGGCCCGUCCAACGGCACCUUCAAACCCUUCCUCCAAGAUGAGGCCAAGCAGCAGCGGUAUGAACAGUUCGUGGCAGCGAAGCUCAAGGAUGAAGCGGAGAUUUCCAAGUUCCUCGCCGAUCUGCAGCCAGUUACUUUGUCCCUGUGGGAUCGCGAAAUGGAAAAGAAAGAGUUCAUCCAGGCCGCGAAAAUCUAUCGCCCUCUGGAUGGCCUCAUGAACGAUAGAUUCGUUUCGGAGACCACAGUCCAGGCCGAGCAGGAAAAGGAAAAGAAAAAGUCCCCCGAGGAAGGCAAGAUCGUCAUGGAGCGCUCGAAGACCAUGUGGAAACCGGCAUCCCUACUCUGCAAGCGGUACAAUAUUCCAGAACCUUUUGGGGGCGCCAUGCUGGAGCCGGAGAAGGAGCUCAAGGCGAAGUCGAAAAUAUCUGUUUUCGAUUACCUGGAGACCUCCGUGAACACCAAAGCUAAUUUCCAGACACCCACGAUUAUCCCCCAGCACAUCGAGAAGCCGAAACCGACUCCAAAGGAAGUGGAGCCACCAGUCGUGGAGCGUUUGAAGUCUCCCGAACCACAACAGCCGGAAAAACCACCACAAGAAGAGCCUCCCAAGUCCACUUUUGUGCCGAAAACUCCUCUAGAGAAGGCUGUGGACGAGUCGCGCGAUAAGCCCAUUUCGGAGAAGAAGGAUCUUUUUAGGAGCAUCUUCGAAGACAGCGAUGAGGAAGAUGAGCCCAAGCCGGCUGAGAAGCCCUCAUCAAACCCGCAGGACAAACUAGCUGCCUUACAAGAAGCCUUGGGCUUGCCCUCCACUUCAUCAUCUUCAGCAGCGUCCCUGAAUGUCCUGCGGAAUACAUCACCACCCCGGGGCAUCUUCGCUUCCCUAUUCAAGCCGAUUGAGGAGCAGGUGCCCAAGGAACCAGUACCACCUAAGUUUGCCCCCAUCGAAGGAAAUAAGUUGAAAAUAUCCUACAAAUCGCGAGAAGAAAGAUUAAAAAACGACAGGGAGCUGGCCAUGGCUGAGGUGCCUGUCGAGGAUGUCUACGGACCAAAACUCCCGGGAUCAGUGCCCGCAAAGCCAGUGGCUCCCGAAGAUAAGGCCGAGGCGAGUAUUGAUGCGAAACUCCAGCAACUUUGGCAGCAACAUGCUCCGCAGAAACGCAAGGCGGAGAAGUGGGUGGAGAAGAAGAGCCCCUCCAGCAGUGAGGACAGCGAUGAUAGUUCCAGUGAUGACUCCUCCUCAUCCGAUGUAUCCUCCUCCAGUAAGGCCAAGAAAGCCAAGAAGUCGCACAAGAGCUCUAGUUCGAAAAAGUCGAAGAAAUCAAAGUCGAAAUCGAAAUCUAAGUCGAAGAAGAAAUCGAAAAAGAGCGAAAAACCCAAACACAAGACCAAGAAGAAAAAAAGCAAGCAUUGAGUGUAAAUAGCUUAAAAAAUAAAUAUUGAUAAAAAAUAGUAUUUAAUCAUUAAGAUUCUAAUGGCUAAUGGAUACUAGCUUAUUAAAUAUUAGAUUUUAUUUCUGUUUGACUGAAAA